AGCGCUCCCGUGAGGCAGUGCGAGACGCGGAAUGCGGCGGCGGGCUUCUGAGGGACGCGAACGGAGCCUCCAAAGGUCAGUGUGAGGGCGGUUCUUCACAGUCUUGAGCCCGCCGUUGCCUGCACUAGCUGGACUGUCUGUGGACAUCGGUUCCUGUGCGAAUGGCGGGUGCUUACUGAGUCGCCGGAGGAGAAGUCAAAUUCUAAAAAUAUUUUUUCCCUUCUCUAUGGACUUAACAUAAAUUUAAUAUUGGGGUUUAUUUUCUAACUAUCAACAUAAAUCCAUAUCCAUCACAAAGAAAUUGGGUAUUUAAACCAUGAGUUGUGGAAAAGAGUUUGUGGAAACAUUAAAAAAAAUCAAUUAUCCUAAAGCUGAUACUCUUAAUGGGGAAGAUUUUGACUGGUUGUUUGAGACUGUUGAAGAUGAAUCAUUUCUGAAGUGGUUUUGUGGGAAUGUGAAUGAACAGAAUGUAUUGUCUGAAGAAGAAUUGGAAGCUUUUAGCAUUCUUCAAAAAUCAGGCAAGCCUAUCCUAGAAGGAGCAGCAUUAGAUGAAGUUCUUAAAACCUGUAAGACUUCUGAUUUGAAGACAUCUGCCCUGGAUGACAAAGUGCUAGAUAAAUUAGAGACUGAGGUUCAGAUUCUGCAGAAAUUAAAGAACCUAAAAAUUCAGCGACGUAAUAAAUGCCAGUUGAUGGCUUCCGUAACAAGCCACAGAUCUCUGAGGUUAAAUGCUAAAGAAGAAGCAGCCACUAAGAGGCUGAAGCAGAGUCAAGGAAUUCUGAAUGCUAUGAAUACUAAGAUAAAUAGUGAACUUCAGGCGCUUACUGAUGGAGUUGCUAAAUUGAUGAUGUUCUUCAGACAUUCUAAUUUGGAUCAAGGGACAAACCCACUGGUGUUUUUAUCUCAGUUUUCCUUGGAAAAAUAUCUAAGCCAGGAAGAGCAAAGCACAGCCGCGUUAACCUUAUAUACCAAAAAACAGUUCUUUCCCGGUAUACAUGAAGUAGUUGAAAGUUCAAAUGAAGAAAAUUUUCAACUGUUAGAUAUACAAGCACCAUCUAUUUGCGAUAAUCAAGAAAUUCUUGAAGAGAAACGGCUAGAGAUGGCAAGGUUGCAGCUAGCCUACAUUUGUGCUCAACAUCAGUUAAUUCACUUGAAAGCUGGUAAUUUAAGCAUGAAGUCAAGUAUACAGUGGGCAGAGGAGAAUCUUCAUAGCCUCUCUAGCAAGGCUCUUGGCAAAGAUAAUUUGGAUGCUAAAAUUUCUAACUUGAAGAGUGAGAUUCUGAAACUUGAAGAACAAAUCUCUCAUAUAAAAGAUAAAAAUUUGCCUGCUGUGGUAAAAGAGAAUGCCCAGUUAUUGAAUAUGCCCGUUGUAAAGGGAGAUUUUGAUCUACAGAUUGCUAAACAAGACUGUUACACAGCAAGACAAGAGUUAGUUUUAAAUCAAUUGAUAAAACAAAAAGCCUCUUUUGAACUUCUACAGUUAUCAUAUGAAAUUGAAUUGAGAAAGCACGGGGACAUAUAUCGUCAACUUGAAAAUUUGGUUCAAGAACUUAGUCAAAGUAAUAGGAUGCUUCACAAGCGAUUAGAAAUGCUAACAGAUCCAUUAGUAUCUCAGCAGAUAAAUCCAAGGAAUACCAUUGAUACCAAGGACUAUUCUACUCACAGGCUUUAUCAACUUUUAGAAGGAGAGAAUAAGAAAAAAGAAUUAUUUAUAACCCAUGGAAACCUGGAGGAAGUGGCUGAGAAAUUAAAAAAGGAUGUUUCUUUAGUACAAGAUCAGUUGGCAGUUUCUGCUCAAGAACAUUGUUUCUUUCUGUCCAAACUGAAUAAUGAUGUGGACAUGCUUUGUGACACCUUAUAUCAAGGAGGAAAUCAGCUUUUGCUUAGUGAUCAGGAGUUAACAGAGCAGUUUCAUCAAGUUGAGUCCCAACUGAAUAAGCUAAAUCAUCUUCUUACUGAUAUUCUUGCUGAUGUGAAGACAAAGAGAAAAAUUCUGGCAGCUAAUAAACUGCAUCAAAUGGAAAGAGAAUUAUAUGUAUAUUUUUUAAAAGAUGAAGAUUAUCUGAAAGAUAUUGUGGAGAAUUUAGAAAACCAGUCAAAGAUUAAGGCUGUUGGUCUUGAAGAUUGAAAAUUACUAAAAAGUGAAUCUUUACUAAAUAUGCUAUGUUUUAAUGUUUUAUAUAUUAGGAAAAUAGAUCUAAUAAACCCUACUAAUAUUUUAAAUUUGA